AUGGCACCUUUUGAGGCGUUGUAUGGUCAUAAGUGUCAUACUCAAUUGUGUUGGUCAGAGUUAAGUAAGAUGAUUGUUGUUGGACCGGAUCUAGUUUGGGAGGCAGAAGAUAAGUUUAAGUUGAUUUUAGAGUGGUUAAAUGCUGCUUUUGAUCAGCAAAAGUCUUAUGCUAAUUUGAAGCGUCGUGAGAUUGAGUAUGUCGUUGGUGAUUUGGUGUUCUUGAAGGUUUCAUCUUGGAAGAAGAUGUUGCGUUUUGGAUGUAAGGGUAAGCUUAGUCCGAGGUUUAUAGGGUCGUAUGAGGUGUUAGAGUGCGUAGGUCUGGUUGCAUAUCAACUUAGGUUGCCGCAUGAGCUUGAGUGUAUUCACGAUGUCUUCCACAUAUCGAUGUUGCGUAGGUAUUGGUCGAAUCCUUCUCAUGUCAUUUUGAAGGUUGAGGUUGAGGUUCACACUGAUCUUUAUUAUGAGGAAGAACCGAUAAAGAUUUUAGCUAGUGAUGUGAAAGUGUUUCGUAUUAAGUCUGUUUCGUUAGUAAAGGUGUUGUGGUGUAAUCACAAUGCUGAGGAAGCAACGUGGGAGUCCGAGGAGUUGAUGAGAUAA